UUCCAGAUUUAAUGGGAUCUGUUUUUGAAUAAUCAAGAAUUAAAUCAAGGGCAAUUUGAACAUAGAUCAAAGUAUUUGAUAUAAUUUGAAUUUUCUAAAGUUUAUGGGGAAAAUGGAUUCUGAACAAAGCUCGUGAUAUUACACGCAAUUAACCCUAAUCAAAAUUAGGUAAUUUUGAGAGUGGAACACCCUAUGUCGGAAAGUCAAGUUCUCGCGACCUAGGGAGUACGCAAACGCGUUACAACUAAAGAGAAAUUGAGUCUCACAUUCCAAACCACUAGGAAAUUUCCACCGUAAUUUCCUUUCCAUUUGCGGAAGAGAAUGUAUUUGUGAGCACAAAACUCAGCAUCCCCAUUUCUUGAAUAUCUAUCACAAAAUGGGCAGAAAGAUUUUAUCAGAAGCCGAUAUCUGCGGCCCGUGCUACCGGAAGCAUCCAGUGUCGACAUCAUUAGUGUUGUCCCUCGGGAUUGCCGGCGCCGCUCUUCUGAUCCUGUCGUACUUAGCGCUGCGCAGAUGCGUGUGGCGGCGGCGGAGGGGAUCUCCGGCGCCGAUGACUUACAGCAAUAGAGAAGAACUGGCGGGGCCCGUGAUUGAUCAUCCCAUAUGGUACAUCCGCACUACGGGGCUCCCGCAAUCCCUGAUCGAAUCAAUCCAGCAGAUGAAGUACAAGAAAGGGGAGGGAUUGAUCGGAACGAGUGAUUGCUCUGUCUGCCUGAGCGAGUUCGUGGACGGCGAGACCCUCCGCCUUCUGCCUAAAUGCAGACACGCCUUCCACGUGGCCUGCAUCGACACGUGGCUCGGGUCGCACACCAACUGCCCUCUCUGCCGCGCCUCCAUUCUCGAUGAUGGAGAAGAAGGAAGUGGAGAAAUUAGUGAUGAAAUGGAGCGUGUGAGUGUGAGGAGGUCUGUUUCACUGGAUAUCUCCUCUGCCGUCAAUAAUAAUACUUUUGAAGCGAACAAGGCUUUUUCGAGCAAGAGAUCGGUCUCCAUGAGUGGUUGUGGGUCGUCGUCGAUAUUAGUUUGAUUGGAGACAUUCAGCUGCUCUGUUUUUCUUUCGGAUGAAAAGUGGAAUAUCUUGGAUUUCUAGUACUGUAAUGUAGUGGCAGUGUCAGCGAUUCCGUGUUUGUAAAUAAAUUGAGGUGUGCAAUUUUGCUCUAAAGGUCCCCCCAAAAAAGAAAAAAAAGAAA